GAACCUGAGGUAAUGAACAACGUGUAGAAGAAUUCUUUCCGAAAGAAGGAACAUCGCGGAUGCAAUAUCUGACUUCCAUUAUGCUGUAGUGGUGCACUGGUAAUUCCGAAGUGAAUGUCAUGAAGUAACGUGCAGAUGUUCUCAAAUGUCAUGAAGUGUGUUAUCUUUAAAAAAUAGCAAGAAGUUAUUUAGUGCGACGGGUAGAGAUGCUCUACGCCGGGUGCGUAUGAACGGAGCAAGCGAUCGCACGGCCCACAGUAACAAGUAGCAGCAUGUGUAGUGAGUGACUGGUCACUGUCCCACUUAAUCGCAAGUAGUAGCAGCAUGUGGAGUAGUAGGCUACCAGAGAACGCUACGCGGCUACGCAGUACUGGGCCCUAAUUAAGCAGUAGUUAGACGCCAAUCGCAGAUUCACAGCGCACCCCACCACACUACUGAGUACCGACCCCUCCCCCAAAGACGGUCGACUUAACCACCACUUCCACCGUACACCCGCCCUGCCUUCUUCUUAGCCACCCCAACUCCGUCGAGCAACACCCAAGACAAGCAUCUGUCGCCACACAAAAACAGCCACCACCAAGUCCCAAAACAAGCAAGGGACAAACAAGAAAGCCAAAAAAAUUCGAUCAUGCCACAAACGCUCGUCAUGGAGGGAAACCCGCCACGUACGGUCGCGCUCUCGGCAGCGGCAGCCGUGGUCACUGCUAUCAUGCUGUCGCUGAGCCCGUGCUGCGCGGCGUCGUCGGCGGGCGGCGGCGGGGGGCGGCACCCGGUGAUACUCAUCCCGGGCUCCGGCGGCAACCAGCUGGAGGCGCGGCUGGCGGGCGAGUACAGGCCGUCGAGCCUGACCUGCCGGGUGUGGCCGCCGGUGCGCGGGCGCGGCGGCUGGUUCCGCAUGUGGUUCGAGCCGUCCGUCGUCGUCGCGCCGCUCACCCGCUGCUUCGCCGAGCGCAUGAUGCUCUACUACGACCGCGACGCCGACGACUACCGCAACGCGCCCGGCGUCCACACCAGGGUCUCCUGCUUCGGCUCCACCUCCACCCUCCGCUACCUCGACCCAACCCUCAAGCUCCUGACGGGGUACAUGGACGUCCUGGCGACCACACUGGAGGAGAAGGCCGGGUACGAGGAGGGGCGCGACCUCUUCGGCGCGCCCUACGACUUCCGCUACGGCCUGGCCGCGCCGGGGCACCCGUCGCAGGUCGGCAGCGCCUACCUCGAGCGCCUCCGGCUGCUGGUGGAGACCGCGUGCGCGGCCAACGACGGCAGGCCGGCGAUCCUCAUGGCGCACAGCCUCGGCGGGCUCUACGCGCUGCAGUUCCUCGCCCGCGCCUCACCCGCAUGGCGCGCCGCGCACGUGAAGCGGCUGGUGACGCUGUCCGCGCCGUGGGGCGGCUCCGUGCAGGAGAUGCUCACCUUCGCCUCCGGCAACACCCUCGGCGUGCCCUUCGUCGACCCCUCCCUCAUCCGCGACGAGCAGCGCAGCUCCGAGAGCAACCUCUGGCUGCUGCCAACGCCCAAGGUCUUCGGCAACACCACGCUCGUCGUGUCAGAGUAUCACAACCGGACCUACUCCGCCAAGAACGUGACGCAGUUCCUGCAGGACAUCGGGUUCGCCGACGGUGUGGAGCCGUAUCGGGCGCGCAUACGGCCGCUCGGCGAGGUCCUGCCGGAGCCGGGCGUGCCCGUCACGUGCCUCGUGGGCACCGGUGUCGACACCGUGGAGAGCCUCGUGUUCGGGGACGAGGGAUUUGACGCCGGGCCCGUCAAGGUGGUGUACGGCGACGGCGACGGGACGGUCAACCUUGCCAGCCUCAUGGGACCCAUCAAGGCAUGGUCCGACUCGCCGGCGCAGGUCCUGGAGGUGGUGGAGCUGCCCAAGGUGUCGCACACCGGCAUCCUCAAGGACAAGAGCGCGCUCGACCAAAUCCUCAAAAUUCUUGAUUCCAUCAACCUAAACGCCACCACCACCACGACCUACCAGUCUUAGAAAUAUGUUUGCAAUAGUUUUUUCAAAGUUUUUUCGUUGGGAAAAAUGUUGUUGAGAUUUGCUAGCUAGUGACACUUGUCAGAUGGGACCCGAGAUCAAGAAUAUUCUUAACUUCAAGGGUUUAACAAAGAAGCAUCAAGUGUAUGACUAUGUAGGAUGACUAAUUU